CCCCCCGCCGUACCCCUCAUGGCCCAGCACGUCCUCGCGCACCUCCCGCCCUCGCCGCGCUCGUCCCCGCUGCUGGUAGGCAUCCAAGGCCCGCAGGGCUCCGGCAAGACCUUCCUCACAUCGCACCUCCGCUCUUUCCUCGCCUCACCACCCUACUCCUUAUCUGUCUGCGUCCUCUCCAUCGAUGACCUCUACCUUCCCCAUUCGGGCUUGAAAAGGGUCGCAGCGGAGAGUAGCGAUAACCGACUCCUGCAGGGCCGCGGGCUCCCGGGGACGCACGACGUCCCGCUAGGCUCGGAGGUCCUGGCGAAGCUGCGCGCGGGAGAGGAGGUUGAGUUGCCCGUGUUCGAGAAGAGCCUGUUCGACGGCGAGGGGGACCGCCUGCCGCGCGGGCAAGUCGUGCGGCCCCCGCUGGACGUGGUGCUGCUCGAAGGCUGGUUCGUCGGGUUUGCGCCGCUCACGCAGGGCGAACUCGAAAGGAAGUGGGAGGAGGCACCGGAGAGGAUAGAGAGGGGCAAGGGUGAUGCGUUGGAUUUGAGAGCGUUUGUGAAGCGGGAGGAUGUGGCGGAUGUGAAUGAGCGGCUGAGAGUGUAUGUGGGGUGGUGGGAGAUGCUCGAUGUGUUUAUACAGCUUUCGCCCCGCCCCGCGCGCGCGGUCUCCCCGCACUCUCUCAUCUACAAGUGGCGAUUAGAGCAGGAGCAUAACAUGAAAGCCAAGAAUGGCGGGAAGGGGAUGAGCGACGAAGCUGUCAAGGCGUUCGUAGAUCGGUACAUCCCCGGCUACGUGUUCUUCCAGGAUGGUGUAACAGAAGGAUACCUGAACCCCGCGACGGGGGAGCGCGUCGCCCCGCAGUGGGUAGGCAAGGGUUUGCGCGUGCUCAUCGGCGAGGAGAGGCAGGUGGUGGGCACGGAGGCGUUCUAGAGGAGGGCGUGAACGGUCUGUAUUGCCCUUUAUCUUUGUGCAGUGUGAUGCCACCAGAAGAAUAAAAUUUGCAGUGCCCUCCGACGCUCCGAG